GGAAAACCACACAGCUCUUAACGUAAGUAUUUUUAAAUCCUAUUAAAUUUGUUAAAAGUGUGCCACAAGUAUUUCUUCGAUCAAUUCAUUUGGUUAUCGCUGUUCAAGUACAUUUUCUUGAUAAGGGAAGCCUAUAUAACGAUGAAAAUUGUACAACGGCCGUUACUAACGCCGAUUCUGCGAUGUACGCUAUUUAUUCGGUGAAAUCAGUUAUAAAUUGUGGUGAUUACUCUAGAAGAUGGGUUGAAUGUAGCUGUCGCGUAUUCGGGAGGCUAUACGAGUGUAGAGUGUUAAAGUUUGUCUAGAAAACAUUUUGGUGAUUUGGAAACUGUUAAUAUGUUGUUCGGUGCGAACUUGCAGAGGUCCUACAAAUACAUGAAUUUCGCUUCCAAGAUGCCGUCGCUACGAAUAGACCAGAACGAUUUAAAAUGUAAGAAUGGCUGCGACUAUUAUGGAAACCCGCAGUGGCAAGGCUACUGCUCUAAGUGUCACAGAGAGCAAAUGUUGAGACAGCGGAGAGCUGAAAAAGCGUCUUCAAAUCCGUCAGCCACAUUGCCAAGGCCGGAGCAAAAAAAACCGGAGCGGGGCACUAAACAGGCAUCUCACUCUUCUUUCUCUAAGUUUGAGGAGAAGCGUUUGCGGCAGAGCGAAACGUUGGCCAAAAAGGCCAACCUUCUGAAAUUUAGCGUGUUCAAAAAGAGUAGCACAGACGAUCACGAUCACUCUGAGAGGCGCGCGCCGGAGUUCAAGGUGCCGCCUAUGGUGAAUGAGGGCAUGAAGCGCGACUUCCGCACGCGGUUCCCGACGCUCGGCGCGGAGACGGACCGCGACGCGCGCGUGUUCGUGCACUCCUUCAUCAUGGACGUCAUGAAGUGCGCCAAUGUCAUGAGCGUCGACGAGCUCUCUGAGCGGGUGCAGAGGUUGUACCAGCGCUUCAUGAAGCAUAUGGACACGUCGCAACACUUCGCGCAUGUCGACUCGGACACCAAAGAGCUUCUCAUGGACUUCGUGGAGAAACACGCCAUGAACUACCUGCACGAUUUGCCGUCGGUGGUGUUCUCCCCGAGCGGCACUGACGACGAGCGCCUCGACCGCGCCAUGUCCGAGCGCAUCCAGCAGCUGAGCUGGGUGGGCGAGCGGCACCUGGAGUGCAAGCUGGACCGAAGGCACGCCGCCUGCAGGCAGCUGCUGUACAAGGCCAUCAGUGAGCUGUUGGGCAUGGACAGCGCAUCGUCGCCGGGCGGCAAACUGACGCGCGUGCGGCGCUGCUGCCGCCACGUGCUGGCGCUGUGCGGCGCGCCUGCAUCUGCCGACGACCUGCUGCCCGCGCUUAUAUUCACGGUGCUAAAAGCGAACCCGCCGCGUCUGGUGAGCAACAUCAACUUCGUGACGCGGUUCUGCAACGCCCAGCGACUGAUGACCGGCGAAGGGGGUUACUAUUUCACUAACUUGUGCUGCGCGGUGUCUUUCAUCGAAAACUUGACAGCGGAGUCUCUGAACAUGGACAAGAAGGAGUUCGACUGCUACAUGUCCAUGCCGGCUUCUAUCGGAGGCAGUGCUUGGGCUGCAGCGUUAUCGCUCUGCGGUGCAUCGCGAGAGGCAGAAGAGCAGCGAGAAGCCGCGCAACGUUUACUGCAGGACGCGCGUAAUAUGAGCGAGCGGGCCGCAGCGCUGCAUGCCGACGCGGUCUGCUUCCAGGAACAAAUCGCGAAAAAAGUUGAAGAUGUUCUAGCGAAGACGCCCCUAGAAAUCAAACCGCGGAGAGAACUUCCAAGACUGUGCAAAUCGAAAACAGCGAUCGUGACCCCGCUUAUUGAUCUAGAAUUGAACCCGACACCUGCAGAACCACAGACUGCAAUCACUGAGGAAAGUCGACCGCUAGUGGGCUAUACCGUUCCAUCCGAAGAUAAUUCUCAAAGCAGCCAACCUACCAUCGCAGAUCCAGUGCCAAAUGUAGAAAAGGAUUCUAUCACAGACCGAAUAAAUAACACAGACACCGUACAACCAGCUUCGUCCAUACAUGAGCUAGAACACACGAACACAGCAAAGCAAGGCACUCAAGAAACUGAGCCUAAAUUAAACAUUCUCGGCUUCGAGGUCAUAGAGAAGCCAUCACCACCGAAGUCGCCACAGAAUCUUGACCAGACAUGGCAAUUGAAACAGACGAGCUCGUUGGAACUACUCACUCCAUCUCCUUUAGGCUUCACUCCUUUCGACUCCAGGUCUAUAGACGAACUGAUGACUCCAGACGAAUUUGGUUCAGACUCUCUGGCUCCGGGCCUCAGCAACAUUAAUUACGAUAUAGACUUGUCCGACUUCAGCGGCGACAACAGCGUUGCUGAGGACCCCCCUAAGGAAGCCAAAGAUCCUUUCAGUCCCGAAGGCCUAAAGAAAGCAUUCGAUCCUUUCGCGCCGCAACCGACAGCUUCCACGUUUAAAGAGGUUUUGGACAAAUUCGACGAGUUCAGCCUGACGGAUAACAAAACGAAUCGGACUUUUGAUCCGUUCGAUGUGAUCCACAGAAAUGAUCCUUUCAGUCCGGAACGCAAAGAAGGUUCUUCGAUUCUCGAUGACAGUGAUUCCCCCACAACGGCCUGCCUGCUGCCAUCGCCGUUGCAACCUCAGAGUAGUAAUAAACCCUAAGUAAUUCUAAGAUCGAAACAAUGUUUUUUUAUUAUUAAAUCUUGAGAAAUAAUUUAUUAAAAAUAUUUUGUGUACUUUUCAUAAUAUUAUUGUAUUUAUUCCAAGAUCUCUUUUUAGGAAAGUGUUACUGAAAUUUAUUUGUUGUUAAGUGUGAUAUAAAAUAUUUAAGUAAAUUAUUAUUCCAUAAGGGAUACAUGAAUACAGUGUUAGUGUUAAAUUAAAAAUAGAUCUUGCUCAUACUGUUUAUUAUUUAUUGGUGUUUAUUAUUUCUUAAAUAUACUCAAAUACCUUUUGACAUUAAUUUAAAUACUUGAUAUGCCGAUAUUUCGCAUUGCUAUUCGUGUUUGCUUUUUCUCAUUUUCACAGCAGGUUGUCCUUUUUAUACUCUAUAGGUAUAGGUGUAAAAGGAGAGACUGUUGUCAAGUUUACAAAUAUUACUUGACAGCCUUGUCUCCCUUUCUUUCCCAACAACGUGCGAUAAGGAUAUACUACAAUGCAGCCCUAGCAUGAGCACCGCGAUAUGAUAUAACACGUCUUUAUCACGCUCAAUUGUCAAAUUACUAUGGUAUAGUUUGACAGUUAGACACGAUAAAA